GAGGGCGCGCUCGACGGGCGCCCGGUCGCGGUCAAGCGCCUGCUUCUUCAGUUUUAUGAGCUCGCGCGAAAGGAGCUCGCGACGUUGAUCGCGUCCGACGAGCACCCGAACGUCGUGCGGUGUUACGCGUUGGAAGAAGACGCGGAUUUCGUGUACGUGGCGUUGGAGCGAUGCGCGUCCACGCUCGCGGCGUUGGGACCGACCCGCGCGGGGUUGCGGAUCAUGCGCGACGCGUGCGCGGGUCUCCACGCGUUGCACGCGCGCGGCAUCGUCCAUCGCGACUUGAAGCCGCAGAACGUGCUCGUGACCGCAGCGUUUCGAGGCAAGCUCGCGGACAUGGGGCUCGCGAAGCGGUUGAACUUGACCGAGGGGACAACCGGCGACGAUCGCGGCGGCGGCGGCGGCGGCACUUCCGGGUGGAUCGCGCCCGAGCGUUUGCUCCACGGCAGGCAGGCGCGCUCGGUGGACGCGUUUUCGCUGGGGUGCCUCCUCCACUUUUGCCUCACCGGCGGCGGGCACCCGUUCGGGGAGCGGUACGAGAGAGACGCGCGCGUGCUUCGAGGCGACCACGACCUCCGCGCGCUCGACCACCUCCCCGAGGCGAGAGACCUCGUGUCGAGCUUGAUUCGCGCGGACCCGGCGGCGCGGCCGACGACGUCCGAGGUGUUGCUCCACCCGAUGUGGUGGAGUCGCGAGACGCGGCUUGGGUUUCUGAACGACGUCUCCGACCGCGUGGAGAUGGAGGACCGGGAGAAGGGCGGGCACCUGCUGCUCGCGGAGCUGGAUCGAGGGUCGUGGCGCGGCGCGCUGGGGGGGAAGGAGUGGACGUCUCGGCUCCCCGCCGGGUUGCUCGACAACCUCGGCAAGUACCGGAGUUACGACGGACGCGCGCUGCGGGACUUGCUUCGCGUGAUACGCAACAAGUCGAACCACUACCGUGAGCUCCCGAAGAAGAUCCAAGACGAGGUCGGGUCUUACCCGGACGGGAUGUACGACUACUUCGCGAGGAAGUUCCCCGGGUUGCUCCUCCACGCGUAUCGAUUCGCGAAGGAUAACUGCGCGCACGAGCCCGAGUUUCGAAAGUUUUUCUUUCCGAGCGACGACGGCGGCGGCGGCGGAGGCGACACCCCCGACGGCGGCGGCGGCGGCGGCGGUGGGCGAAUUGACGGCGGAAGCGGCGUCGGCGGCGGCGGCAUCGGCGGCGGCGGCGGCAUCGGCGGCGGCGGCGACGGCGCGACGUCCGCGUCGCUCGAACGCGCCGCGCGAAAGGCGGCGUCGCGUUCCCAAAAGCGGGCGGCGGAACGCGCGGCGGUCAUCGACGCGACGCCGCCGGUGACGUACCCCUCGCGCCCGGGGCAGCCCGAGUGCGUCUUCUACGUGAAAACGGGAAGGUGCAAGUUCGGGCACACGUGCAAGUUCCACCACCCGCCGGGGAUACACGACUGA